ACAGAUAAAAAUGAAGACAGUUUAUUUAAUUUUGCUGGCACCUGUUCUAGUUCUAGUUUUCUCUGUUCUUAUUUUCCUGAAUUCUGUUCUACAGUUAGAGAACUCUUUAUUAGAGUUUGAUUCUUCCACUCCAUCUAGUUUUGUGUCAUCUGAUUCGGAAAACCUGAGUUGGUUUGUUCAACUGAGUGAUCUUCAUAUCUCCCAGUUCAAGGAUAUUGGAAGAGUUGAUCAGCUUCUAGAGUUUACAGAUAUAUCCUUAAACAUUCUUAAUCCAGCAGCUGUAGUUGUUACAGGAGAUCUGACGGAUGCGAAAUCAGAAAACAUGCUGAGUAGCAAACAAUCAGUGAAAGAAUGGGAUAUGUACAGAAUGGUGGUUGAGCAGGCUCAGAAAACGAAUAUAUGGCUCGAGGUGCCGGGAAACCAUGAUAGGUUCGAUGUGUUGGUCAGAGCAGAGUCGGAUCAUUACUUAAAGUACCGAGAAGAAGCUGGUAGAACUGGUUUGGUUUGGCAGGGUCGACAUUAUCUCUAUCUUCUGGAGAAUAGAGGAGUUAAACUAGCUUUCAUUGGAGUAGAUGAAACUCCUAAAUACGGGUUCAGAGCUCCAUUUAAUUUUAUUGGACAUCUCAACCAGACUGAUAUUAAGGAUCUACAAGUUCUUCGUCAAAGGGCAGAGGCGUGGACCCCUAAUAUUGUUUGGUUUGGUCAUUAUCCUACUUCAUCUUUAAUAUAUUCAAAUACAGGAUUGCGUGAUAUUGCGAGAUCAGGACUUGUUUACCUAGCUGGUCAUCUCCAUUCUGUGUACGGUACUGCCAGGGACAUGUACGGUGUACAUAGCUCAGGUUUGGUUGAGGCUGAGCUUGAGGAUUGGAAGGAUGCUAGGAUGGUUCGACUGCUAGCUGUUGAUAACGGAAGGUUGACCUACACGGACUGGAAGCAUGGUAGCUGGCCUGUUGUGCUGGUCACCUGGCCUCCCAGGUUGGGUCACGAAACUAAAUUCCGGAAAUCCUCUCAUAUCCGACUUCUCAUGUUCUCCCUUAAACCUGUCUCCGAGGUCCUAGUCACAAUAGACGAGGGAUCGGAGGAGAGAAGUGUUCAGGAUAAAUCAUUAUCCAACCUGUACACCCUGGCCUGGAACCAGGACAAAUACAAUAAAAUACACACCAUCAAUGUCAAGAUUGUUCAUGAAGACGGAGAGAUAUCUAUUCAUAAACAUCAGUUCUCCGUGACAGGACAAGGAUAUUCUUCUCUCCCAAUCCUGAGCAGAUUAUUCAUCCUUCUCAACCUGACCUCAGUAUUCCAGUUCUUAUUCCUGGUCACCUUCUGUAUAUGUACCCUCCCCCUGGCAUUAUGUAGGACGACCCUGAGCUCCCACCUCCAGGACAAGUCCUGUAUCCUCACCAGGUUCUACCUUCUCUCCUCUCUAGACGGUAUCUAUUUCCCCCUCAUCCUCUACCCUAUCUACCUGGCAGCUGGACCCUGGUGUAUCGGGGAGAUGAUGACCAGCAGCUACGGGAUAAUAUUCACCUGGGGAACCCUGUUCUGGACCGAGACAGGGUUAACUUACCUUCCAACAACAACAACAUGGUUGUUUGCAACUGUUCAUCUUGCAAUAGUUCAUCUGCCCGUUACAAUUCUUCUCUCCGGUCUAGUUCUUGCAAGAUUUAAGAGUUUAGAAGAGAACGGAGUAAAGAAUUAUCAGAUUAAAGUUUACCAAGUUCUCCUUCUCCUGUCUUGUAUACAGCAAGGAUUUCUGGUAUACUACCAAUACCAAUCUUACGGAGUAAGCACAUUACUAGGGGGCAUGCGCGCCGGGGAGCUAGUGCUUACAAUAAUUCUUUGGAGGAGAGUUUUAAACCUGGAUAUUACAUGUUUCUCUCGAUAUAGGUUUUCAAAUCUUCAUGUUGAAUAGUUUAUUACAGGCAGAAGUGUAUCUUUUCCCCCGGUAAACCAGUAAAACAUCAAAGUAAUUCCUUUUUGUACAGUUGUUUUCUGUAACAAAUCACUAGCGAGCAAUACUAUCUCCAGUCAAUUACAGGAUUCUGUGUGUUGCCACUAACUCUUAUUUUUUAAUGCCUAUAUCUUUGCAACCCAAAUUUUGUAAGCCUUAGAUAUUUCAAACCAAGAAUUCUGUUAGAUAAAGUAAGCAAUGGAUUGCAGGUAAAGAUAAAGGGAUUAGAAAAUUAAUUUUGUAGAAAAACUCCUUUGUAAAGAUUGAAUGUUCGAAUGUCUCCGGUCAAUUUUGAUACAGCGAGACCAAUAAAACUGUCUAAUUGGACGACUUUAUUUAGGCAAUAUUAUGAGUAAUUGAUGUUGUAAAUCAAAUAGUUUUACCGAUUGCAUUAAACACAAUUUAUAAACUAAAGUGGGCCUGUUUUUAAUAUAAAGAAACUGAAUUUUUGUCACAAACUUAAAUUUUCUAGUUCCUUUAUUUUGCAACCUAUCGGCGUAAACCAGUUAAAUUUAAAACUUAUUUCCUCCAACUGAGUUUGUAGUUUGAAAUAUCAUAAGUUUGGGACAUCGAGAUCCAAAGAUAUAUAAUUAAAUAUAGUUCGAAAGUGUACACCAUCAGAUUAAAAAGAUAUAGGAAUUAAAAAUUCGUGUUUGUGGCGAAGCCUCAAUUCCUUAUAAUUUUAAUCUUUUAGUUUUUUAGCUUUUUAAAAUUAAAAACUAAAAACUAAAAACCAUCUUUCAAGAUGAAUUGCCAACUAAAAAAGGCAUUAUAAGCCUGACACUAGUUUUUAAUGGUUGUAGAAUUUACAAUUUAUGGCGAGUUAGUAUUAGAGAAGCAAUGCUUUUUCUUAUUUUUUAUCGUUUUUAACGAUCUCUAUUCACUUACUAUUGCUCAUCCUUAUUAUGUUUUUUAAUCAUUAAAUAAAGUGUAAAACCUUUUUAAGGGUUAUAAUAGAAUUUUAAUAUGAAGACGACUACAUAUUUUAAAUUAGCGUAAAUAAUUACACGCUCUUGCUUUUAAACGAUUAUUUGUAUUUAUUUAGAAUUAUACAUAUGAAACUAAGCCAUAUUAUGAAUUUAAAACUGCACAUAUGCAAUUUGUUUAUUUAA